UCUACACGGACAACAAUAACGACCGGCAUGCACUGCGCUUCCGUUGCCCAUGACACCGGAACGAAGUUCUAACAGCUGAUUCUCCAAUCAGUCCACAGCUCCAUAUCCAGUCUGAGCCCUGAAAUAAACAUUUUUGAAGUUAUUUACAGUCGGACGUGCCUCCUAUAAUCUCCGGCUGCAGUCGGAGGGUGUCGAAGCCCUAAAGCAGAGGACGGCAGCUGAUUAUGGUGUAGCACGGAGCGCUAGCUCUGAGACAGCAGGCAUUUGAGCAGCAGUGCAGUGCAGCACAGUGCAGCGUGGGGCAGACUGAGGUGAAUCACAGCAGUGCAGCCAUGCUUACGUUGGCCAGUAAGCUGAAGAGGGAUGAUGGAGGAAAAACGGGCCGUGCCUCUGGAGCCUCUGACUCCACCCACAGGGUCUCCAUCCGGGACCGCCUCCUUACCAAAGAAGUUGCUGAACUUGAAGCCAAUCUCCCUAGUACAUGCAAAGCCAAUUUCCCAGAUGAGGACAAGCUCCAUCAUUUUCAGCUGGCAGUGUCUCCUGAUGAGGGUUACUACCAAAGUGGAAGGUUUCAGUUUGAAAUAGACGUUCCCGAAGCCUAUAACAUGGUGCCUCCUAAAGUGAGAUGUCUGACCAGAAUAUGGCAUCCUAACAUCACAGAGAACGGAGAGAUCUGUUUGAGCCUAUUGCGAGAACACUCUAUUGAUGGUACAGGCUGGGCCCCAACCAGAACAUUAAAGGAUGUCGUCUGGGGAUUGAACUCCUUGUUUACUGACCUGUUGAACUUUGAUGAUCCAUUGAACAUUGAUGCAGCAGAACAUCAUUUGAGAGACAAGGAGGAUUUUCGGAAUAAGGUUCAAGAUUACAUCAAGCACUACGCCAGAUGAUAGAAGCAUCAGCUACCCACAUCAGCCUGCACCAACCAACCAAACUGCGCUACCUUGCCUCUGCUUAUCUUGGCCAAUUCCCAACACCUUCCCGCCACCCCACCCCCACCCCAACCCCACAAAGUGUGUGAAUCAACAGCUGACUCUGUGACUCUUCCCUCCUCCUGACACCGCAGCCCCACUCAUGCCCUGCUCUUCACCUGAUCGCAAUAAACUUCAGGUUGCAGGAAGGAAAUAAAAAAAGAAAAAAGAAAGAAAUCAUGUGUUUAAGGAAGGGCUUGCAUACAAAAGAGAAUAUGCUUUAUUUAUCCUAAUCGAUUGAGUGUUGCAAUGACCACAAUGUCUGUCCAUUGUGGUAUCAUCACUGAGUGACGCUGCCUCGCUGAGCCUGCUGGAAACGAGCAAUGGCAACGACAUGGCGUGGGAUUAGUUGUGAUGAUUUGCUGACACACACACACACACACACACACACACACACAGAUCAAAGGAAGCCACACUGAGCUGUUUUGAAAUUUAACCAAUCAAGAGAAAGAAUAUCUGUUCCUGUCAGUUCCCUGUUCCAGUGCCUGCAGCGUUUCUGUCACUAAAGAGAAAAUGCAUGUGAGUUCACAGACGUAAACACCCACAGCACAUACACACACAGUCCCACUAGACAGCAUGUGAAUGACCACAUUGUCCCAUUCUGUUGUCAUUCUUCUUGCAUGUACACACACACACACAUACACACACACACACACACAGACCUCCUGAGUGUUUUCAGCUCCAGUGGGGUAAAGUACAACUACUAAAACCACAGCCAAAUGUUUUGUUCUGUCAUCAGCUUCACCUCGUCUCUGUGCCGUGUCCUUCCUGUCCUCACUGUCCUUUUUUUGUCCUCCCUCCAUCUGUCUCUGUCUCACACAACAAGCGUCUUUUCCCAGUCGAGGAUGAAGAGUGUUCACACUUACAGUGCAAUCAGAAAGUUCUACGACAGUGACACAGUUCUGGUGUGUUCGCUCUGUAAUUCUGCACGAUUGUUUUAAAAUGAAGCAAAUGACUGUGAGUUUAAAGGAAUGAUUUGCGUUUUACAUCCAGAAGGAACAAAACUGUGUCAGAACUGUAGCAGAGACAGACAGAGACAGAAUUAUCACCCUGAAACUACAGCUCCCCUUGGCCUUGAGGUGCCUUCGCUUUCACCAGUCUCAGUGAAAAAGUUCUAAAAAGUUUUGUGGUUGGACACUAGCUGGUGCAUGUAGCAGAGCAUUUAGCAAAUGUUUUCCUCAGGAGUUAGAAGAGACCAAAAACAGGCAAAAGGGUGAAAAUUGGACUUUGAUUUAGCAGAUGGACAGAAACACGACUCCACAUGAAUGAUAAUGUUGCUCUGCAAAUGACUGCUGUGUAAAUAAGCAACAGUUUGUUAGAAAAACAAAACAAAAUAAACACAAAAAAUGCCAUGAUAACAUAUCUCACUGUUUGAAUCACAGCUUCUGCUGCCCAACAAAAAAAUCCUUGAGGCCUGUAUGACAGGAUCAUUCUUUCUAAAAUUUAGGAAUUAGGUACAAAAGGACCUCUGAGUCUCACAGUCCUUGUUUCAUUUCUCUGUCACUGUGCUGCAGUCUGGAAUAAAAUACUUUAAAAUUU